CCCUCCCAAACAUGCGCUUCUCCCGAUGAUCCACGAUGCAAACCUCCAUCAGGAGUCACUCCGAUAGUUGAGACAUCUGUGCAAACAUCAAUAGAAACAAUAAUGCCAACUCCAGAUAAUAAUAAUGGUGAUAAUAAAGAUGAGAAGAAAAAAAAUCAAAAUAAUGAUGAAAAGAAGAAGAAGCAACAUAAAAUAACGUCUUAUACAACAAUCACAACCACAAUUACAUUAUAUUACGCCGGUUAUACCACAACAAUGACAACUACUAACUCUUUAGGAAAAAUUACAACCUUCGCAACAUACAUUCCUCCAUCAACUGUAAUUGUGGUAAAAACAAUGGUCUCACCAGUCACUCUUGCGGUUGAUGAAGACCUGUCGAGUACGACGAUAAGAUUACACGAAUUUAAUAGCCACAGCUUGUGGGGAGUUACAAUGAGUUUGAUUGUAGUCUUCGCAUCUUUGAUUAUUAGCGUUUUCGCGUAA